AUGGCUGAAGAAACGAGGUUGUGUGGCAGCUGCAACAAAGAGAGGUCGAAGGAUACAUUUCGGGCGCCUGAAGCUGCAGGGAAGGAGUUCUAUAAAAUGUGUGAGCCUUGCCGCAUAAAGUAUCGAAAUAAAUCGCGAGUUAAAAGGUCCCAAGCAAACAGGGGACGAGAUUGGCCGUACUAUCUCUCCAAGCCAGCACCCCAAACUAACAUCGGCCUCAACAACUCGGAGACGGGAGUCACCUCCGCAAUCACUAGUGCUGCGCCAAUAACCACCAUGCCUGAGCAACAGAAAUGUACACACGUGGAUUCCGGCCACCACAGUCGAGUCACAGUUGCACCGCCCGUUGUGGAAAGUUCUGCGCAAAGCACAACAACAACCACUGUCGUCACCAUUUCAACCACCACCGUCUCCAAGGGUAUGACAGAAACUCCGACCAAAGCAGCGAAAGACGCAAAGACUGCACAAGACAGCAUCCAACAGGUCAAGGAUGAAGACCUAGAGUCUCUUUCAAGUGGACCCGAAUCUGCGCAGCAAAGCGAAAGCGGCGCGGCUACGAACCAUCGCCCUGAAUUAUUUGGUUGUCUACAUUGUGAGAAACUGCGCCCAUGGCCAAUGGCAGGACUUCAUAUCUGUUUGUUAUGCAUUCGGGACUGGAAGUGGUGUGCGAAAGGUGCUCACAAUCAAGCCAAGGCGAACUUCUUGUGGGAUGAUGAGGAGCAUGAUGAAUGUUACAUGUGUUAUUUUGCGGGCAUCUAA